AUGCGGCGAGGGUACAUCUGGGACCACGACGCGUUGGGUAACCUGGACGAGCAGGAGAUUAACGACGAGACGCAGAAAUUUCAGGCGUGCGCGAUGCUGUGCGCCGCCACGCCGGAGUGCUACAUCUGGCAGCUGAGAGUGGUGGAGGAAGGAGCUUUUUGUCGCAUGUGGCGGGAGGAGCAGAGCCCAUGCCUGGCAGACCCGUCAGACGGCGCCAACCCCAUCCACUACAACCCCACGCCCCCCUGGAAGGGCGUGUUCGGCUUCGGGGGCGGGUGCAACCGCAGCAAGCGGGGCCGAGGCACAGAGAGCACCGCAGCAGGGCAGGGGGGCGCCGGGGGGAAUGCUACAGCGGUGGCAGGAGGGAGGGGUGGGAAUGGGAGUGUGGCAAAUGGGGGAAGGGAUGGGCGGACGCGGCAGCAGGGGUAUGAGGGGAAGCAGCAGGAGCUGGAAGCACAGCAGCUGGUGCCGCAGGCGCACGCACAGGGGGCAGGAGGGAGGCUACCAAUGCUGACAGUGGAAGGAACGGCUGGGGUGAAAACAGACCCCAAUGCCACAGCCGCAUGCCCCGAUCUCAUGUGCAAUGUGGCAAUCAAAGGUAUCUUCUUUGACCAUGAGGGGAAGGGCCAUCUGGGGGAGAACACAACUGGCCCGGCCAACCGUGCCCAUAGCUGCUGGAUCAUCUGCCGGAAGACCGAGGGCUGUGCGUUUUGGAGUUAUCAUCGGGAGAAGCCAGAAGGUCGUUGUACAAUGUGGAGUGAGCAGCAAGACCCCUGCAAGCCUGCGGACCCCAGUGACCCUACAACUGCACGCUACCGGCCCUGGCCAGAUAGAGAAUACCUUGUUGGCGGGCACUGUAAAGGUGGGGCCACGCCUUUUGGCCAUGUAUCUCCCUUUCCUUCCACGUCACCGCUCCUUUCCACAUCACCGUUCCCCUCCACGCCUCCAUCCGCAGCAUCCAGCCCGUCGCUGCUCGCGCGCGAGACGUCCUUCGAUUCGGAGUCACCGCUAAUGAAACGACCAUGUGCGCGUAAUAUCAGCGGGUCGCAUCGCACAUCGCCUAGUACUGCCUUCCGAGACAGUCGCGCACUCGCUAUUGGCAGCGGUUGCGACACGCCCCCUGUUCUCGUGCUCGAAAGAGACGGUGAGGAAGACGACGGCAUUCCCUCGCCGCACCCGAAGCUAGCAUUUCCCAGGGGUGGAGCGCAAUGCAACCGCAAUCGUCGUUACAAGGGCGUGCGACAGCGAAAAUGGGGCAAGUGGGUAACUGAGAUUCGCGACCCUCGCACGAAGAUUCGCGUGUGGCUGGGAUCGUACGAAACCGCGGAGGAAGCAGCGCGAGUGUAUGAUAUGGCGGCGCGGAUAAUAGGGGGAGGCCGCGGAGGCGCCGCCUGCGGAAAGCUCAACUUCCCCGACGAGGCGCAUCCCGUCGCCGUUCCGCGCGCCAUUGCGGAAGCGCUGAUCCGCACCGUGCGCGAAAGCAGAGCCCUGUGCGCUGCAGAUGUCGCAGGGGGCGAGCGCCUCGUCGUCGCAGGCGACGCCGCGGACGACGGGAGCGACGCGCGCGAGGGCGCGUGCGACCUGCCUGCGAGUUUCUCGAGCGACGUGGUUCGUCUCGAGGCCGUGGGCGGCAGCGUGGUUGUGGCGGAGUGUCCCCCUGCGGCGUCAGUGGCGCCGCUUGGAGUGAUCUCCGGGCUAAACUCGUCAAACAUUGAUGAUUGCGGUGCUAGUAAUGUCGGUAGCAGUCGUCCCGGAAUCGAGAUUGCGUGGGAGUUUGAGGGCGGGAAAUUGAAGGUUGCAGUGGUGAAGGAGGAGGCGCAGACGAUCCCAUACCUGGACACCAAAAUGCUACUUGACUUGAAGCCGAGUGCUCCUGAGAAGCCACGUGUCCCCCUGGGUCAAUCCGCUCCUUGGGAACUGUCAAUUCCUGUGCACCCAUCGGCCGGAGGGAGUGAUGCAGAUCCCGAGUCUCCCAGAAGCCCUUCCAGCAGCAGCAGCAGCAGCGCCAGCGAUUUGUCGUCUGCCGGACACUCCCUUUCUGCUGAGACCUCGGAUGUGCUAGAUGGUGAUCAUCAUCAGGUCUCCACACUGCCUACAGAUGAGAGCCACAGCCUCCCAGCCAGUGCUGAUUCUGUGCUGGCAUGCCAGGCGCAGGUGGACAUGCUCACAGACAUCAUGAACCUUCUGGAUGAGCACUUGCCGGCCAGGCUCACUUCUCUGACGGAUUCCGGCAGAUCUGACGGCCAGCUAGACGGCACACCUGAGGGUGCUCAGGAGGCUAUUCUCUGGGCGCUGGCACAUACUCAGGGUGCUGCAGCCGGGCGACAAUCCCAAGGGGUCGGUGUCCCUGAGGCUGUCGCUUGCCCUGCUGGGUUGUCGUCGGCGCAGGAGGUGUGUGAGGGUGAGGCGGAGCUGGUGAAUGUGUCGCCAUGGGGGUUGUCACCAGCAGCAGUUGGGUUCGACCUCUGGAGCUGA